UCCAGCUGAGGAAGAAGAACAAGGAGUGCCGCGAUGGUCGACACCUGAUGCAUGUUCAAAAAAUUCGUGGCUUCCAAAUUCUUGUAUCAUCUCCGCUGUCAGAAGGGCUUCAAGGCAGUUCCCCUGGACUCUGCAGUUGAGGUCCUUCUGCACGUUGUCCACAUUCAUCGACAAUCAUGAUUGCGUGCUUUGCGAAGAAGGACAAGAAAGCUGAUAAAAAAGGCAAGAAGGAUGAUAAGAAAGGAAAGAAAAGCAAAGGCAAAGGUGACAAGGGAGCAAAGCCCCAAAAAGGAGGAAAGAUGGGCAAGCCAGGAGGAAAGCCAUCGAGACCUCCGCCGAAAGCGCCACCCGGCUUGCAACCAGACGCCGAGCCCGAGCCCGAGCCCGAGCCCGAGCCCGAAUUACCACCCCUUCUAGAGGAUGUGGAACCCAUACCCAGUAAAUCAUCUCCAAAGGAUGACAAGGAAGCUGAACCAACGGAAAAAGCUCCUGAAGCUGCACCGAAACCAAAGGAGGCAUCACCACAACCAACCACAGACAAGGCUCCUUCUGCCGCAAAACCUACAGGCAAAAAAGUAUCUAGUUCGUCGUCCUUCUCCUCCUCUUCGUCAUCUUCGUUGCCAGAGCUGGUGUCCACAAUCACCGUCAGAUCUUCGUCGUCGCUUCCUGUCAAGAGGAAAGGUGACAAAUUCUACAAGAUCGACAUAGAAAGUACGACCUGUCGUUGUCCAUACUAUGAGUUUGAUUCGUCGCGUCAGCAGAGCACAAUUCCGGAAGAACAGUAUGUUCUCCGUUCCACGGCGAGUACAGCCGAGGGGAAAUACAGCCUAGAGGUUGUGUCCAAGGAACGGCUUCCACAGCCUAGCUAUAGAUACAACGUUGGACAGCCUCAACUGCAAGGCGUACCGUCCUGCCCAUACGAGUUCCAGCACCAACAGGCGCUCUCGCUGGGUGGGCCACUAGUAGGUGAAGCUCAGUACACUCAGCAGUACUUCCAACCGUCGUGCCCACAACUCUUGCAACAACAAUCGUUAUAUCCUCGGGCGACUUAUUCACCGCCGCCUUAUACACAGGUAGGUGACCAAAGGCAUGCAACCUACUUGCAGACAUUGACGCAGGAGUGCUGCGACCCAAAUUGCGCACCACAGAUGUCUCUCAGUCAGCAAUUGAUGUAUCCCCUCCAAGAACUUGCUCCCAGACGACAGCCCUCUGUUCCCGUAACAUCCUCAAAAUCGAAGAAUUUUACCUUCUAUUGCGUGUGUACGCCCAACUCUAAAACAAACCAGAGUCACUCGUCACCGAGGGCAUCUAAAAGUAAAGACGUGCGAGACCUUGUUGAGGCAGGUUUCGAAUGCGUCAUGUGUAGAAAGCGCAAUGUCUAUCUGGUGUGUAAGAUAUGUUUUAAGAAAAAUAAGAUUCGAUAUUGUCUUGAGUGCAAAGUAGAGGACAAGCCGAAAAAAGAGCCGAAACGAAAGGAAACUCACCGCACUACUUCCCGAUAUUUGGUGCAGACUAUUGAACGAGGUGGCAGAAGAGGCACACAGCAAUCGAUCGUGCUGUCGACUGAACAAGUACAGGAACCUUACAAGAGGCCUCAAGUUUUGCAAGCGCAACAGUUGCAGCCACCACUAAUGCAACCUCAGGUUGUACAGUCUCAACAUAUGCACCUCCCGAUCCAGCAGUCCCCAGUCCUGCAGUCCCAGUGUGCACAAACUCAGAUGAUACAGCCUCAGCCGCACCAAGUUCAGACAGCACAACGCCAGUCCAUGCAGCAACUGCACUCUUUGUGCUUGACGCAAGCGAAGUCGCAGCUUUUACAGCCCCAGCAAGGACAAUACACAAACAAUCAAAGCAUGGCUUCAGCUUGCCCGCUGCUCCAGCAACAAGUAAACGCUGCAACACCCGUCCAAGUUCCUCAAGGCGGGCAGGCAGUGCUCAACAUAUGCUGCCGGAGUCGUACGCAACUAAAUCAGAGUCCGACAACUGUUCCAAUUCAAUAUCAAACUGCUGGUUGUGUACCUUCUCCACCGCCGCCUCAGUAUCAGACAACCUUCCAGACUGCAGCCGAGCAGGGGAUCCCGACCAUAUGUCCCCCAGGAUGCCCUAUACCAGGAGCAAUGACAUAUCAAGGACAGACUGGUACAGUGUCCUCUGUCCUAUCUCGAACAGCGUACCGAGCUCAGUCCCCCAUAGUGGUCGAGGAACCGCCUCCGUAUCGGCGAAGUCCCGUCGUGUCGGCGCAGAUCAUCGAGAGAAGAGCAAGUGGCAAGUCUCGUGCAAGUGCUCAGCCAUCAACAUCAGGGGUUCUUCUCGGCAUCGAGAUGAAAAAAGGGAAAACGGGGCGGACAAAGUCUGAGGUAGAGACUCGCUGGAUCACGAAACUACAGACGAGUUCAGACAGCGACUUUUCAAUUGCUCACGCUUCGUCAAAGCGAAAGUCCAAGGACAGGAAUUGCAAAAACGGCCAGCGACGCACGUCUGUGUGCAAGUGUGGACAUGACAACAAGUCUUGCAAAUCCAAACGUUAGCCUUUACCUAAGAAGCAAGUGUCGACCGUGCAAUCUGGUACCUAACUUUACGUAUAUUAGCUAACUAUACGUAUACUGGAAGAAAAGGAUCAGACUAAUAGUUCAAGUAAUUUACUAAUAAACGGAGCAACGUUC